AUGGUUAAAAAAAAUAUCAAAUCCAAGAAUAAAUCCAAGAAGGGAUCCAAAAAUAAAAAAACCAAGAAACUUAAAAAUAUUAUUAAAGCCGUUGAUACCGUCAUACCAAUUUCUACUCCUGUAGGUUCAGUUCAUUUCGACGAAUUUUUAAAAAUAUGCAGAGAGCCAAAAUUAAUUCAAACCAUAGUUGAACCUGCUAAAAUAACAGAAAAAAAAAAUAAAAAAUCAAAAAAAAAUAAAACUAAGAAAUCUAAGAAAACUAAGAUACCUAAGAAACUUAACAAAUCUAAAAAAUCUAAAAAAUCAAAGAAAUCUAAAAAGAAGAAGAUAGGAAUUGCUAAGGUGAAAGUAGUCGUAAAACCAGAUGAUGUUCCUUCGUCACCACAGCCGACAUUAUUUCCACUGAUUAAUACUUUAUUACUUCCUUCCAAUGACAAUGCUAUUGACGGAAAUACAUUAUUCUCAGAAUUUGUUGUUGGUAAACCUGAAACAUUCGUUUUAAAACAAUCAUCAAUUCGAGAAAUAACAAUAAUUGAGCAACAGGCAAAUAACACUGUCGACGAAAUAAAUAUCUUAGAAGAAAAAAUUAAGACUCUAAUGGAGAAACCUAAAUUGAAAGAAUCCGAAACUAUUGAAUUAGAGAACCAACAAUUGCUUGUUAUGAACUUAUUAAAAGAUUUUGAAAACAACUUGGCAAAAAUCCGAGAUAUUUUUAAUAAUGACAAUAAUUUGGAAAACACUGAUGAAAUUGAUACUGACGGAGAAGAUACCAAAUGUCAUAUAACCGAUAUAACUGAAUCACAGCAGAUGAAUGUAGAUAAAUGGUACGAAACCAAUGAUCUAUCAUAUCUCCUAUCACCAAAUGCGUCAUUUGACAAAGGUGUUACCGUAUCGGAGGGCCUGUUAGAAAUAUUUGAAGAAUUAAAAGACCAAAAAACAUCACCAAAAACUAAUGCAGCUCACAAUGAAGUAUUCAAAAGACUUAAAAAUAAAUUCAAUAUAUUAUUGCCUCCACCAAAUUUGGACGGCAACAAAGAAUAUUUGACGUGGGUCGAUAAAAAACUCCACAGAGAUCAUCGGGAUAUGUUGAAUAGUACCAAAACUCUGAAGAUAUUUCAGUGUUGGAAUGAACUAGAACUUAAAUAUAAUAUUAUCAAUGCACUUAUGAUAUCUUUGAAGGAUGCUAUUAAAUCAACAUCACCGUUUUAUUAUGCAAGUAAUACCACGAAAUCACAGUUUGCGGCUGAUCAAAGUAUUUUGGUACAAGCAUUGGAUGAAUUCAAACGAAAGACAAGGGACACUUUUUUACGUGCUGGUUUAGAUAAGUAUUGGAAAAUAAAUCCUGAAUCUAUAAGGCUUGGGUCCAGACCAUGUUUUGAUGUUACGAUCUGCCAAAAAAACACGGCCGUCGACAAUAUCGUUCCAUUAGAUAAACGGACAUUUUCAUUUUUACAAUAUAAUUCGAUCACAAUGAACGAAGAAAAUUGUAAAGACACAAUAAAAACAUCAAAUUCAAAAACCAGUGAAAUCGAAGUCGGUAAUACUAACUAUAACUAA